UUCAUAGAAAAAAUAAAAUUACAAGUCAUGUGAUUUCCUUCUGCGCAAGUGGCAGCAAAAAUAACACCGACGCGUUACUUCUAAAAAAAACAACAAGUAACUGAGAAAAUACAAUUAAUUCCCACCAUGGCUGAUGACUUGAAGAGGUACUUGUACAAACAGCUACCAAGUGUUGAGGGUCUUCAUGCAAUUGUAGUAACAGACAGGGAUGGUGUCCCAGUUAUCAAAGUGGCCAACGAUAAUGCACCAGAAUACGCACUACGUCCAGGCUUUCUCUCAACCUUUGCAUUGGCCACAGACCAGGGCAGUAAGCUAGGGUUAUCCAAAAACAAGAGCAUCAUCUGCUACUAUAACACAUACCAGAUUGUCCAGUUUAAUCGGUUACCAUUGGUGAUCAGCUUCAUCGCAAGCAGUAGUGCCAACACAGGUUUGAUCAUCAGUCUCGAGAAGGAGCUUGUGCCGCUAAUCGAAGAGCUGAGGCAAGUCGUAGAGGUCGCUUGACAACAGUUCUGUUGCAGAAUCACCAGAUUGUGAUCAUGAAAAAGGAUCUACCUGAAACAGUUACAUUUAUUUUUAUAUCGAUCAUGCACACACAGAUUUCUCUGCUGCUGAAAGACAUACAAGUUUUUGGUGACAUGAUGCUGUAUUGUUUCCCGCAUUUUCUAAUACCCUUUCAUUGCUUUUUGAAGAAUAUUAUUAAACUGUGUGACUGAU